AGCGGAGUCGGAGCCGGAGUCGUGCGGAGCAGUGGAGGAGGUGCAUCUGGGGAUAGUAACGCCAUUUUCAUGAGACGAUCAGCGCCGAAGAUUUUUAUGAGGACCGUUGGAUCUAUUAUUCCCCACGUGGCUAUAAUCGAGUCUUGUACAAGCACCCUACGGUGCAAAGUUUGCACCGCAGCGGAUCUGCACCCGCUAUAGGAAAACCCUAGGUGUGAUAUCCCGCGUCCCACUUAAUUCCGACCCUCUCUCGACCUUCCCUUCUCCUCUCCUCCUUCAGCUCGUCCUCUACACCUACUUCCCCGCUACCCGUGACCCAAUCCCUAAUUUCUUACACCUCUCUUUCAUUGAUCCGAGAAAAGAGAGAUAGAGGGAGAGAGAGAUCGACGAAAGAAGGAUGGCAUCGGCGAAGGAUGCGGAUCCGAAUUUGGGGUUCCUGACGAAGCGCGACACGGAGGUGAAGCUCCCCCGUCCGACCCGCGUGAAGAACAAGACUCCGGCCCCCAUCCAGAUCACCGCCGAGCAGAUCCUCCGGGAGGCCCGGGAGCGGCAGGAGCCCGAGAUCCGGCCCCCCAAGCAGAAGAUCACUGAUGUCUAUGAGCUCUCUGAUUACCGACUCCGCAAGCGCAAGGAGUUCGAGGACCAAAUCCGCCGCGUCCGAUGGCACACCGGCGUCUGGGUCAAGUACGCCGCCUGGGAGGAGUCCCAGAAGGACUUCGCCCGCACCCGCUCCGUCUGGGAGCGCGCCCUCGAGGUCGAUUACCGCAACCACACUCUCUGGCUCAAGUACGCCGAGUUCGAGAUGCGCAACCGCUUCGUCAACCAUGCCCGCAACGUCUGGGACCGCGCCGUCACCCUCCUCCCCCGUGUCGACCAGCUUUGGUACAAGUACAUCCAUAUGGAGGAGAUGCUUGGCAACGUCGCCGGCGCCCGCCAGGUGUUCGAGCGCUGGAUGUCCUGGCAGCCUGACGCCCAGGGCUGGCUCUCCUAUAUCAAAUUUGAGCUGCGAUAUGGCGAGGUCGACCGUGCCCGCGCCAUCUAUGAGCGGUUUGUCGCUUGCCACCCCCGCCCCCACGCGUUCAUCCGCUAUGCCAAGUUCGAGAUGAAGAAUGGCGAGGUUGCGCGGGCCCGUGCUGUCUAUGAGCGUGCUGUUGACCUCCUGUCUGAGGACGAAGAAGCUGAGCAGCUCUUCGUUGCUUUUGCUGAGUUUGAGGAACGGUGCAAGGAGGUGGAGCGUGCCCGGUGCAUCUACAAGUUUGCGCUGGACCACAUCCCCAAGGGCCGCGCCGAGGACUUGUACAAAAAGUUCGUCGCAUUUGAGAAGCAGUAUGGGGACAGGGAAGGGAUUGAGGAUGCCAUCGUGGGGAAAAGGAGGUUCCAGUAUGAGGAGGAGGUAAGGAAGAAUCCACUAAAUUAUGACACGUGGUUCGAUUAUAUUAGGCUGGAGGAGAGUGUCGGUAAUAAGGAGAUGAUUAGGGAAGUUUAUGAGAGGGCAAUUGCUAAUGUGCCUCCAGCAGAGGAGAAGCGGUACUGGCAGCGAUACAUCUAUUUGUGGAUAAAUUAUGCAUUGUAUGAAGAGCUUGAUGCUGGAGAUAUGGAGAGGACUAGAGAGGUUUACAGGGAAUGUAUCAAAUUGAUUCCUCACAAGAAAUUUUCAUUUGCAAAAAUUUGGCUCCUGGCAGCCCAGUUUGAGAUAAGGGAAAAAAAUCUUAAGGCUGCACGCCAAAUCCUAGGCAAUGCAAUUGGAAUGGCUCCAAAAGAUAAGAUCUUUAAGAAGUAUAUUGAGAUUGAGCUCCAGCUAGGAAACAUCAAUCGUUGCAGAACCCUGUAUGAGAAGUAUCUUGAGUGGGUUCCUGCAAAUUGCUAUGCUUGGAGCAAAUAUGCUGAAUUAGAAAGAUCAUUAAGUGAGACAGAGCGUGCUCGAGCAAUUUUUGAACUUGCGAUUGCUCAACCUGCAUUGGACAUGCCAGAGCUGUUGUGGAAGGCUUACAUCGACUUUGAGAUAUCAGAGGGUGAAUACGAGAGAACAAGGCAACUCUAUGAGAGAUUACUUGAUCGAACAAAGCAUUUGAAGGUAUGGAUUAGUUAUGCUAAGUUUGAGGCUUCAGCUGGUAUCGAAGAUGAAGAAGAGGGUGAGGAGGCUCAAGAAAGCAGUGAUGAUAUCUCUUGUCAUGAGCAGCAACGGGAGUGCAUCCAACGAUGCCGAGGUGUUUUUGAGAGGGCAUUCGACUACUUCAGAACAGCUGCCCCUGAGUUAAAGGAGGAAAGGGCAAUGCUCUUGGAGGAAUGGUUAAAUAUUGAGAGUAGUUUGGGAAAUCUUGGGGAUGUUACUCUAGUCCAAAAGAAGUUACCCAGGAAGGUAAAGAGGAAGAGGGCCUUAUCCACCGAAGAUGGGACUCCUGCAGGUUUUGAGGAAUAUAUUGACUACAUAUUCCCUGAUGAAGUGGCAAUGGCUCCAAAUCUGAAAAUACUGGAAGCUGCAUACAAAUGGAAAAAGCAAAAGGUGGAUUCUGAUGAGGAUUGAAUGUAAUGCCCAUAUAUUUGGCUGAUAUAUGUCAAAUCAUUUUUUUCGCUUUGGGUUGACAUGAAAGCAUAGCUGUUAGCGUAGGUAAGCUAUAACCCUAGCCGUCCAUUUUCUCUGCGAUCAUUUGCAGUCUCUGAAUUGAUUACGAAGUUGAUGGAUGCCUGUAUUAUGAUCGCUCAAAACAAAUGGCGUUGAUGGUGUCCAUUAUACGCCGUAAGCUGGUUUGACUUUUGGUGUUGAUGAUGGCUCUCUCCCCCAUUGGAUUCCAGUUCUUAACUGAUAUUUUUCAGAAUGGUUGAGCAUGAUUUCCUAAUGGAGUAGGUGAUCCUUAUUAAAAGAAAACAUCCUUGUCUCUAGUUCUCUUGCUUCACAACCAUGACAAAAGGACUAAGCUUCCAUUGAUGCUUUCCAGUCACUUGGUUGGAAUAGCUGGUAACAUAAAGAAAUCGUAAUAUGACUCUAUAUGUAUAGAUGAUGAUAAAAAUAUUUCUUUCGGAAAAAAAAAAGUUGAUGCUGAUGAGUUUUGAAGUGUUUUUCCAAAGAAGGGUUUCUUCUGUUUCACGGUAACACUCAGAUUGCUUCUGCUGACCUCUUUGGGCAUUGAAAACGCUGCUAUGGAGCAUAACCACUUCAUUUUCUAAGCCAAGUGUGAGGAUCAAUAUUUUCUUGUUCCCGGGUUCUGAUUUUGUUGUGCAAGCUGUAAUGACGUCUUUGCGAGAAAUACGGUGGAUUUGCUGCUACCCCUCUCGUUGAAAGAGAAAUGCCAACUGGUUGAGCUAAAUGCGAUUGACACAGUCAAAUUCACUUACGUAUUAUUUUAUCAAAAAAUAAAGAAAAUAUCUGAGGCUUUGUAGUGAAGUUGUAAUGGAAAUGGAAGACGUUCUCUCAUUGACUUGUAAAGUUUCGGCAGAUGUAUGAGCGGCUUGCCCGUUUGCUAUUUUUUCA